AUGAAAAAACUACAGGAAAUAAUACAGGAAUUUAUAAAUUUAAGGAGUAGAGUAAGAAGAAGGUAUAAGAAAAAAAAAGAGAAUAAAGAAAUUUGUGAUUACAUUUACUCAAAUGACGAAAAUUGUGAUUACAUUUACUCAAAUGAAGAAAUUUGUGAUUACAUUUACUCAAAUGAAGAAAAUUGUCAUUCCAUUUAUUCAAAUGAAGAAACCUAUUAUUAUGAAAAGAGAAACUUGUAUAAUUUAUAUAAAAUAAUAAAAUGCUAUUACUAUCUACUGACUAGUAGUAUUAAACAUGAAAAGUGGAAAAGAAUAUAUAAAGUGGAAAAGAAACAUAAAAGAGAUAAGAAAAAGUGUAAUAAUAGGAAAACAUUUAUAGUAGAAGAAGAAAAGAAAAUACUCUUAAAAAAAAGAAUACAAAAAGAAUAUGUCCAUAAAAUAAAAAAUUAUAUUAUAAUGAAUCGACAUAUACAUGCUUUCAAAUUUUUAUUGGAAGAAUAUGUUUAUAUGAACAAAUAUAAUGAUUUCAUUAAUGGGGAAAAAAUAGAAAUAAAAAUAAAAAAAAAAAGACGACAAAAAAAAAACAAAAGAAAAAGAAAUAUACGAAUUAGUAUGGAUAAAAAUGUCCUAUUUAAUAAAUUCAUUUCUUAUAUAAUACAAUUUAUAUAUAAUAUAUUAGAAAGGAAUAAUAUAACAAAUAAUAUGUGUUCAAAUAAUAUAACAAAUAAUAUGUGUUCAAAUAAUAUAACAAAUAAUGUGUGUUCAAAUAAUAUAACAAAUAAUAUGUGUUCAAAUAAUAUAACAUACAAUAUGUGUUCAAAUAAUAUAACAUACAAUAUUUGUUCAAAUAAUAAUUUUUCUUCCUUUUUUCAAAAGAUGCAAACGAAUAAGUAUGAACUGUCAAAUGAUGGAAAUAAUAUGAAUAAUUCAAAUAAAUUAAGCAUCAUAAAUAAUAAUAAAAAAAAAAAAGUAAAAUAUCUAUUAUAUAAAAAUAAUUACCAUAUGCUUUAUAACGAUUUAAAUUCACCAUAUUAUUAUAAUUCAUUCAUAUUAAAAACUAUUGAUCCAAAUUUGUUGUAUGUAAUUGACAAUGAUUUUGAUUUAAUGAAGAUUUUAUUUUUUUUUCAAGUACCUGAUUUAUUUAUUAUGUACAUGUAUAUUAUAACAUGUAAUAAGAAUAAUAACCUUUGUAAUUAUUACGAUAAUAUUUAUCAUAAAAUAUAUAUGUCUCUUUUAUUAAAAAUAAUGAAAGAAUUUUAUUCCACAUUUAUAUUAACAUAUAAUGAAUUAGUAUCGAAUAAAAAACUAAUUAUCCUUUUUAAAAUCUUUUCCAAUAUUUUAAAAAACAAUCAUAUAUUGUUAUUUAAAUGGUUACGUUAUUAUAAACCCAUUUAUAAGUUGAAUGAACGUGAUAAAAAAAAGAAGAAAGAAAAUGAGUCUAUUGAUAAUAACAUACAACAUUAUAUUAAACGUGUUGAUAAAAAGGAUGUUUCUUUUUCUCAUCCUUUGGAAGGUACUACAUAUCCUUCAGAUAUCAAAAAGAUUAAAGAACAUGAAAAGACAAAACAAGAAGAUGUUUCAAAAAAAUAUAUGUCAGAAGGUACAUAUCUAGUUGAUUGUGAAUAUGAAGAAAGAGAAAGUGUAUCGAAUGAUGAUAGAAAUAAAUUAAACAAGGUUAAAAAUGAAAAAGGAGAUAAAUAUAAAAUUAAGUGUAGAAAAGAAAUGGAGGGGGUUAAUUUAUUGCUACGUAAAAAAGAUGAAAUAAAAUUUGCAUUUUUAAAUGGCGGCUCUUUUUUAUAUGGAAACUUAUUUAAUUAUUUUAAAGGAAAUGAGGAAAAAAAAAAAGAAAUUGAAAGUACAACAUGUGAUGAUAGUAAUACGUGUCAUUAUGAAAGUAUGUGUGAUAAAGAUAAUGAUAAUGAUAAAGAUAAUGAUAAUGAUAAAGAUAAUGAUAAUGAUAAAGAUAAUGACAGUGACAUUAAUAGUAACCAUAAUUGUAACCAUAAUUGUAACCAUAAUAGUAACCAUAAUUGUAACCAUAAUUGUAACUAUUAUUAUAAUAAUUACAAUUACAAUGGUAAUGAUUCUUUUUUUCAUCACUACGUUAAAGGUGAGAAUGAAAUUGACUGCAUUAACUUUACUGUAAAUGUUAUAAAUAAUCAAGAGGAUAAUAUACGUUUUUAUAAAAGUUAUAUAAAAGAGUAUAUUGACAGUAUGUUCUUAAGUAAAUAUAAUUUGAAGGUAUCAAAAAAAUUCGGAAGCACCUUAAAUGAUGAGUCGAAGAAAAAAAAGAAACGAACAGAAGACAAGAAUAAUACAGGAAUUAAUAAUACAUCUAUAUUUGAUAAUUAUAAGGAACUUGUUCAAAAUUUUUUUUUACUUAAGAAGGUUUUUUAA